AAAAGAAACUUAUGAAAAUUUACGUUGCUAUGGGAGACCCAGGAUGAGGCUGUUGCGUUGUGGCAACAGGUCAUAGUUACGGCGCCAUUCAGUUGUGAACGGACGUGCAAAAUUUUCUCUGCGAUAAAACUGAAAAAUGACAAUGAAACGACGACUUUCAAUGGAGGAUUCUUGUACAGAACUGGAUGCUAUGGCAAAAAGAAGGAAAAUUAGCCGAGGAAAGAAGGCCGGGAGGAAACAUCGUCCUCACCCGUCCAUCGCCUCGUCCCAAGUCAGUUUUGAAAGUGAACAGUGUAUGUCUACAAAUACUAGUAACUGCUAUAGUGAGGCUGCGGACAAAACUGUUACUGGGGACUUUGCGUGCCUUCAGAAAGUAUGUGACACAGAAACUGUUAUAAGUGAAGUUCCAGUUUCGGAACCAUCUGCUGCUGACACACUUUGUGCAGACACUCUCUCACACAUUGACUUUUUGGGAGAAUUCGAUGACUUGAGUAGUGUUUAUGCUCUAUCGGAACUGUCUCCAAAAGAUCCGCCUUACGAUGUUGUAAUGGAUGGCUCUUCCUUGUAUCUCGUGGGCCUGCAAAACCAGGUGUACAUAUCCAUGGUUCCGGAGCCGCCCAAUUCAGACAGACAAAUGUUCUGCACGGUGAAGCAGGAUACUGACCAUUUUCAUCAGCACGGAGACAACAUCAACUAUUUGCAACAGUCCAAGUCUUUUCCUGAUAAAAUGAAGGAAAGGAUUGAGAACUGGUAUUAUGCGACCAUGGAUGUUGCUCACGGAGAGGCUCAUGAUCAUCAGCUGGAAUUCCCUUCUCACACGUUGGAAUGGUCAGAGGGAGUGACAUUCAGCCAUGAGUGCAAGUGGGAGCUUGAAUACCAUGAGCCAAACACUAACAUGUUCAGUUUCUAGAGAGGAGGUUUUUCGAGUAAUCCCGAGUGUGUUCAAAGACUGUGAUAGACAAUUUUGACUCGGCUGAGUCACUGAUAUGAUAUCUGAGACCCAUUUAUGGGUCUCUGUUUUUAAUUUAAAUCAUGCAUGUUUUACCAAUUUGUCAUGUUUUAAGCACGAGGUUCGACAGCCUAUUCAUGUCAUUUUUAUUCAUUUUGCAUGUCUGACAAGCUCUUAUUAACAAAAAGUAUGUGGUCAUAAUAGCCAGUUGAUGACAAAGAGACGCUGCAAAACAAUGCAAUGCCAAACAGAGGAAAAUAUACAACAGUAUAAGAUGGAGAGUUACAUUACAAUCUUAAAUACUGGUCAAAAUACUCUUUCUGCGGCCGAUUUUCCAGACACGAGUAAUUUUUUGAAUAAUUAGCAGUGAAGUCUGAAAAUAAAAUGGAUGUCAGAAUAUAUCUCCAUUCUCUAAACAUGCUUUUUUAACGAACUUCAGGCAUAUGUCUAUCUAUGAUAUAGAGACUCACGUUCUUUUACUUUUACAUAGUAACUUCAUGCGUCUCGUUGAGAUAAAUGUGGAUGAAAUUUGAUAUUAAGGCCUAGAUACCUCUUGCAUCUGCAUGUUUUAAUUACUUGUAAAUAUUUGAUUAAUAUAAUAAACUUAAUAUUGAC